GGACAUAAAAAUAAGUCUUGCGUCACUUCCGGUCGGUCUACGUACAGCUAAGCGGAGUGUUAUCUUAACGAUGCUUCUGUUCUGUUGCGGUUUAAGUAUCAAACUAUGUAACUAAACAUCGUGUCAGUGUUCGCUCCAGCUGGAGACACAAAGUGUGCAAACUUUACAAUGAGUUCUGUGAAGACAGCGACGAAGAGGGUGUACACGAAGCUGCCCGUGUGGAUUGUGGAGGACCACCACGACGUGGUUAAUCAUAUCUACCGUUCUAUCGCAUCGAGACACCUUCCACAGAGGAACAUCAAGAUGGUUCACUUGGACUCGCAUCCUGAUCUCCUCAUCCCCGUCAACAUGCCUGCUGACACGGUCUUUGACAAAGAGAAGCUCUUCAGUGAGUUGAGCAUAGAAAACUGGAUAAUGCCCAUGGUGUAUGCUGGACAUGUGUCCUGUGUGAUGUGGCUGCAUCCAUACUGGGCCCAGCAGAUCAGAGAAGGAGAACACAACAUGGCUGUGGGCAGGGAUUCCUCUACCACCACCAUCAGAGUGACGAGCACUGAUGACUACUUCCUCAGCGACGGUCUGUAUGUUAGUGAGGAGCAGCUGGAGGACUCUAAACCUCUCCUACUGAAUGUGGUCAAAGUCAAUCCUAUCCAAACAGGUCACGUGUUACCCACAGAGGCCAAAGCAGAGGACCCAGAGAGGUGUCUGCCAAAGAGACUACGGACAGAAUGUAGUGAGGCUGCGGAAGCCAGCUGCUCUGGGCCAACGACCACCAACAUGCUGCAUAACGUAAACAAGGACCAGGGCCACACUAGGACGGGGCUGAAGGAUGAUGGUGGCGAGGAUGAAGGAUCAACUAGUUAUGUUGUUAAAAGAAUAUCGUCAGUCUUAUCUCAGACAGAGCCGUAUAUAUUAGACAUCGAUUUGGAUUUCUUCUCAUGUAAGAAUCCCUUCAAGGAACUAUACACACAGGACGAAUACACCAUCCUUAAGGAGCUCUACCACUUCAGGGGACCUGGUCCAGAUGCUAAUCAGGAGGAGCUCGAUGAGUGUGUGGACAGACGCAUACAUCAGCUGGAGGACCUGGAGGCAGCCUUUGCUGAUCUUGUGGAGGAUGAUGGAGAAGACACAGUUGCACGCUGGGCCAGAAAUGCCGGCUUGGCUUCAUUAGCCCAACUGGUUUCCAGUCUGAAGUCUAGAAAUCCCUGCCCCGACUAUGAGAUGUCCAUCUCUCUGUCACUCCUCCACUGCUUUUUUUCUGUCCUUCACUUCUUUUCUCACUGUACCUUCUUUUCUCUCCUUCCCUCUCAACCUGCCCACCUUCAGGUCCACCAGGCGGGUUUGACCUGUGACUCUGUUGAGCUGCCUCACCACAUUAGCACUGAUGAGGAGAUUGACAGACUCAUCUCAGCUGUACAGUUGUUUCUUGUGGCUCUGCCCAAACCUACACUGGUCACUAUGUCAAGAUCAAGCCUAGAUGAAUACUGCCCAGUGGAGCAGGUGGAUUCGGUCCAGAGCAGAGUGCUGGCUGUGUUGGAGGAACUAUAUGGACCGCUAGACUUACACAAGAACUAUGAAAACAACAGCACAGACUCAAACUGCCAGCAACACACCUUUUAACACACACACACACACACACACACACACACACACACACACACACACACACACACACACAUACAUACAUACAUAUUAGGAUGCACUAUUUAACAAAGACAAGCACAUUGAAGUGUGUUGCACUGGACAUUCACAGCACCGUGCAUUUGCAGCUGGAAUAUGUUAUGGCACAAAAUAGUUGUACAGAAUAAACCAGAUCAAAUAAAAGGUGAAAUACUAA